GAGAAAUUUGCUGAAACAUUUCCACUAGCUUCAAGCGGGUGGCUUUCGUGUAAGUCCACUGGUGGCCUGUUCGCUGUCGAGCUCACAUCAUUUGGCCACUUUCCUCCAUGAUUUAGUUUGAAACGUUACCUGAGUAUAAGGUGCGGUAGAAGUGUUGCGUUAACACCAUGAUGCGUGCGGUAGUUGUUGAAAAUGCCAAGGCCCCCGUGAGGGAGGCUAUGCGCGUGGUCGCCAACUAUCCUCGCCCAGAAUUGACUCCGAGCCAUAAUGUGCUGGUAAAAGUGCACUACACCGCGGUCAACCGCGCAGACCUGAUGCAACGACAGGGCAAGUACCCACCACCACCGGGUGCUUCGAGUGUCUUGGGUCUCGAAUGCAGCGGUGAAAUCGUGGAAGUCGGCACACAGAGCUCAGGUACGUACGACCACUCAGUCGCACAGGUGGCGUUUUUGCUAGAAGAACUCAGAAUAACGUGCAGAUAGUGUGGUCGCAGCUGAAGGUCAUUUUUCAAAAAAUCCCCUCAAACACUCAUCGAUCUUACCACAACAGCGCCGUCCCGCAGCUCCAAAUGGAAGCCUGGCGACCGGGUGAUGGGCCUGCUCGAAGGCGGCGGCUAUGCGGAGUACGCCGCCUGCGCCCCGGGCAGCUUGAUGCGGGUCCCGGACAAGUGGUCCCUCGAGCAGGCCGCGUGCGUGCCCGAAGUGUGGCUGACCGCGUACCAGUUGCUCCGCAAAGUCGCCAAAACACAGCCGGGGGACAACGUGUUGCUCCACGCUGGCGCCUCGGCGGUGUCGCUCGCCGCAAUCCAACUGGCGAGGCACGUGCUGCAGGCCAAACACGUCACGGCCCUUACGCGGUCAGCGCGAAAGCUGGACCAGUGCAAGCAAAUGGGUGCGGACGAGGCGUUGCUGCGCGAGGACUUCUUCGCCAACUUCCGCACCGAAGACGCGGAGGCGAAAAAUGCGCUGACGAAGUUUGACGUCGUUUUGGACCCUGUUGUGGGCGAGGACUUUUUCACGUGCCUGUCGGAAGCGACGAACCGGGACGCGCGGUACGUCGUGUACGCCGCGAUGGGGGGGCCGAAAGUGCCGGAUUUCAACUUCGGUCCGGUAUUCCGCAAGUCGUUGUCCAUUUUGACCUCGACCCUGCGCGCCCGGUCGGUCGACUACAAGGCGGAUUUGAUCGAGAUGUUUGAGGAGGAGGUGCUGCAACCCUUUUUGGUGGAUGCGGGGAGCAAGGCGGAACUGAAUUUGGACACGGUCCUGGCACUGGACCAAGUCGCGGAAGCGCACGAAAGACUUGAAAGCAACGACACGGGCGGAAAAAUUGUUUUGAAGGUUGCGGCGGAAGAGUGAUCACAUUAUACUUAGCUAUGAGUCGUGGUUAGACGCCAAACAACUCAAAUUGGAGAAUGCAUUCGGAAUGCAUUUCGCUGGACUCGGUGUGUUGAAAUGGAGCAGGUGAUCCCAGCACGCAAAUCAAUACGCUGCGCCCCUCUGACCUUUCUAAUGUCCGUAAUGCAGAUCUUCGGAGGUCGAGGUGUAGCGUCGCUCACUUUGCUAGAACACUACUCAUGGUAGAAGAAGAACUGGACCUGCACCUGACUCAGAG